AUGUCUAGAUUAUUGGCUUUCCUCUUACUCAGUCGCUUUGCGGCUGGUGCCAGGAUUCUUGCCGAGAGCGAUUCCAAACUCCCCAUGAGUCUUUCCACUGUUAUUUCCGACUUGGAAGCUGAAGAUAUCAAGGCGCUUGGGACUGCUUGCUUCCUCACCAGCCGUAGUGUUUCGAAGGCAAAGAAGGCAGAAAUUUUCGGAUUGGAGGAUUUGACAACAACUGCUUUUGGAACAGACUCUGGGUUGUGCAUGGCUCUUUCUCCCAUUUCGAUUCCUGAGGUUGCUUCAACUGCAGCGGCAUGUGGAGGUAAUGUCCUAUUCUACGCUAGUGAAGAGGAUCUGCUUCGGGGAGAAGGGCUCUUUGAUACUCUCGGACCUGCAAUGGAACGAAUCUUGAGCGGGGAUUUUGGAUCUACUUCUUCACUUUUCGUGGUUGCCGAUGAUCCAGUGAGCGCAAAGGCUAAGCUUGAAGAAGCAGCGUCUGGUGUCCUUUCAAAUCUCGUGUCACCAAAAAAGAAGGUUGCACUAUUGGGCGAUGUAUUCGCGAAGGUAGAAUACGUCAAAAAUGUAGAGGAAGCUAUGGCCCUUUGUGAAACCACAAAUGAACCAGCUGUGGAGCAGGCAACAAUCGCAUCAGCAGUGGCUGCUGACUUUUGGCAAACGACACCAGUGGCCAUUGAACCUUCCAUGUCAUCAAAGGACCUUGCAGCAGCGAGACAUCUGGGACCUGCAGCUCGAAAAGCACUCGAAAAUGCAAUCUCGACCGUCAGUACCAUGUCUAAGGAUAAGGUUGUGCCCAACUUUGGUGACUUGUGCGAUGCUGCCACCCAGCGUGCAAUGGAAGAACUCGAUGAAGUUUCUUCGCCAAUGUUGACCGCUUCCAAAACAGGCAAACAGAUUCGUGAGAACUUGAAGCAUGACAUCGCGGCCGCAAUUGAUGAGUUGUGUCAAGAGCAGUUGGGAAUGUCGCAGGUUGCAUGCUUUGAUGAAUUCAAGCAGGAACUAUCAAAACUUCGAAUUUCUCCCAACUUGGCCUCCGACAUGCAAAACGUUGUGACAAAGUCUGUUGCGAGCUUUGCUUCGAAGACAAAGAACAUGCCCAUUAGCAACGCAAACGCCAAGACAGCCUUCAAGGCUCAACUAAAGGAGUUCUGUGCUGAAAGGCUCGAGGCUGCACAAGCUAGCGGUCAAUUCAAGCCAUUGCCACGAAAGGGUGUGACAAUUGGACUUCAUUGGCUGCUUCCAAAGCCCUUCGGAAACGACUUCCGUCAAGAACCAUGGAUGGUUCAUGCUACAGAUAAUUUGGUCUACGUGCCUCCGGAUAAGAUCACAGAUGUCAAUCCUGAAGAUGUUGCUUCGGGUGACUGGCGCAGUAAGAUUGUCCCAUGUCCCUCUGGCAACGAAAUGUUGUACAUGCAAUAG